GCUCACUCAGUGAGCUUGGAGCUUUCGCGGGGUCCGUCCAGUAGUGUCUCUCGGCUCGGCAGCGCAGGUGACCGCGUGCGCUUCUACCUGCCAGACACGUUCCCGGCCAGUAGCUCGUUUAAGGAUACGCAUACGGAAUCUCCUCUCGAGCAACUCCGAGGAUGAGGACCGAAGGCGGACGUUGUUCCUGAGGAGAGCCGUCUGCUGCCCGGCCGCUGGACGACUUGCUUUUCGAGAAAGAGACACGGAGAAGCAAGCAGAAGCCGCACGCGGAAGCCCCGAGUGAAUAAUGAAGAGCAAGGAACAAUGGCGGUACGCCGCCAACGAGGCGGAAGAGCGUAAAGCAGCGGCCGCAGCGGAGAUCGAGCUUUAGGAGCUUGAAUUUUCGCCGCAGCUGCUACUGAUAGCGGAGCCGCACAGCCAACGGAGGAGGAGUUGACUCAAUGGAGAUAGCUAGUGGAUCGGCCAGAUGAUAUGGAGGCCGGGGACGAGCUGGACGAGGAAUCGGCACCGGCGAUGGAUGAGGUGAGCCUCGACAACAACAACCUCCAGAGCACGGAAAUGAAGAUCUCGGCCAUGCCAACGUCCUCGAAGCUGGAGACCAGCAGCAAGGAGCAGUGCGCGCUGCAGCAGCGCUCCUCCCGCGAAGAGGAUGCUUCCGACGAGGAGACCCCCAGGGUGAGCCGGGUCAAGAGGCUCUCCUGUCAGGAGGCCAUCCACGAGGACGACGACCUCAGCAUGGAGAAGAUAGGACGGUACCUCGAGGCCAACCCUGUGCUCGCGGAGUCGUGGAUCCGCGAGAACGCGAGCCCCGAACUGAAGCUCCGACUCCAGACCUGCUGUCUACUGCCUCAGAUCAGACAGUCCUCGACGUCGAGCUUGCAGCACGACGAAAACGCCAUGAGCCGAAGCAAGCGCAACAGCAUCACCUCGGAUCUCUUCCAGUCCUGGCUUGCCUCAAACUCGCCCAUCAAACGCAGCCGAAGUCCUAGCAGGUCGUCGAGCACAUUGCUGGGCCGCAGGGAAGAGCUUAACCGGAUGGACGAGAGUGACCUGUUCAUGGAGCUGAUCCGCGACGUGGCUAACGAGCUCGACAUCAACGUGCUCUGCCACAAGAUCCUCGUGAACGUGGGCCUGCUGACCCACGCCGAUCGGGGAAGCUUGUUCCUGGCUAAGGGCCCACUCGAGGACCGCUACCUCGUGGCCAAACUCUUCGACGUGACUCAGGACACCGAAUUCGAGGAGGCCGUCCAGAGGGCCAGGAGCGAGGAGAUCAGGAUACCCUUCGGCGUCGGCAUCGCCGGCUACGUCGCCCAGAGCAAGCGGAUCAUCAAUAUCAAGGACGCCUAUAAGGAUCCGCGUUUCAACAGCGAGAUCGACAUGAGGACGGGCUACAAGACGACGUUGAUCCUGUCGAUGCCGAUCUGCAACUACGAGGGCGACGUCAUCGGCGUCGCCCAGAUCAUUAACAAGACGAACGGCAGCCACGAGUUCACCGACCACGACGUCGAGGUGUUCCAGCGCUACCUGACCUUCUGCGGCAUCGGCAUCCAGAACGCCCAGCUUUUCGAGCUUUCGGUCCUGGAGUACCGGCGCAAUCAGAUCCUCUUGAAUCUCGCGCGAAGCAUCUUCGAGGAGCAGAACAAUCUCGAGUGUCUCGUCACGAAGAUCAUGACCGAGGCCAAGGAACUGCUCAAGUGCGAGAGAUGCGCCGUGUACCUGCUCGACCUCGACUGCGGCGAAGCGGGCCAUUUGGAGAAGAUCGUCGAAAGGCCGGGAAAGUCCAUUCAGGAGUCGAGGAAGCCACUUUCACGGAGAGAAAGCAACAACAUCGACAUGGAGGACAUUCUGCAGCAGCAUGCGGGAGAGGACAGUAAAUUCACGAUGGUCUUCGAGAUGGAGAACGGCACACAGGAAGCGAAGAUUUACCGACCGACCAGCGGCAAUCUGACCAGUCCUCUGGGCCAGAUCGCCCGCUACGUGGCCGCCACCGGACAGAUCCUCAACAUCGGCGACGUCGCCAGCUGGUCCAAGCGCCAGGUUUUCCAGGUAGGCACGGAGCCGACGCGCAGCAUCCUCUGCAUGCCUAUAGUGAACGGCCAGCGCUCCGUAAUCGGCGUAGCCCAGCUUAUCAACAAGGACAACGGCUUCUCCUUCACCGAUUCGGACGUCACGAUUUUCGAAGCCUUCGCCAUAUUCUGCGGCCUCGGGAUCCACAACACCCAGAUGUACGAGUCCGCCUGCAAGCUCAUGGCCAAGCAGAAGGUGGCCCUCGAGUGCCUGAGCUACCACGCGACGGCCAACAACGACGACGCGCUCAAGCUCAUGUCCGACGAUAUCCAGCCGGCCGACAAGUACAACCUCUUCAGCUUCACCUUCAUCGACUUCGACCUGACCGACGAGGACACCUGCAAAGCCACCGUCAGGAUGUUCACCAGCUGCGAUCUCAUCAACAAGUUCCACGUGCCCUACGACGUCCUCUGCAGGUGGAUCCUCAGCGUCAAGAAGAACUACAGACCAGUAAAGUACCACAACUGGAGGCACGCCUUGAACGUGGCCCAGACGAUGUUCGCCAUGCUGAAAACCGGCAAGAUGGAACAAUUCAUGACGGACAUCGAGAUCCUGGGUCUCCUCGUGGCCUGUCUCUGCCACGACCUGGACCACCGGGGCACCAACAACGCCUUUCAAACGAAAACCGAGUCGCCCCUCGCCAUCCUCUACUCGACCUCGACGAUGGAGCACCACCACUUCGACCAGUGCGUCAUGAUCCUGAACUCCGAUAGCAAUAAUAUUUUUCAGAACCUCUCGAUGGAGGAUUACAGGAGAGUGAUGAGGGUCGUCGAGAACGCGAUCCUCUCGACCGAUCUCGCGGUCUACUUCAAGAAGAAGAACCGCUUCAUGGAGCUCAUCGACGAGGGCGAGUUCGACUGGCAGAGCGAGGAGAAGAAGGAACUGCUGUGCGGCAUGAUGAUGACGGCCUGCGACGUGAGCGCGAUCGCCAAGCCCUGGGAGAUCCAGCACCGAGUGGCCAAACUGGUGGCCGACGAGUUCUUCGACCAGGGCGACUUGGAGCGUCUUCAGUUGAACCAGCAACCGGUCGCGAUGAUGGACCGCGAGCGCAGGGACGAGUUGCCGCAGAUGCAGGUCGGCUUCAUCGACGUCAUCUGCCUGCCCCUGUACAAGGUCAUGGCCGAGACCUUCCCGUGGAUACAGCCACUGUACGACGGCACCAUGGACAAUCGCAAGCACUGGCAGGACCUGGCCGAGAAGGUCGAGAUGGGCCUGACCUGGAUCGAUCGGGACACGAUCGAGGAGCCCGUCGAGGAGUUCGUCUCGAUCGAACCCAAGGACAUCGAGUUCACGGUCACGACGCUCAAUUGCGCUCACGCCGACAAGAAGGACGCGCCGACGCCGGAGAGCAAGUCAGCCCUGGGCAGGUUCGCCUCGCUCCGCAAGGGCGGCCGCAACCUGGGCAAAGGUGUCCGCAAUCGUCUCAGUCGUUCGCUCUACUCGCGCAGCAACUCCGAGGACACCUCGGCCGCCCAGUCCGGUACACCGAGCAGCGGACAGCAGCCCCAGACACCGGCCAGUGGCGGCAAGGGCAGCAGCAAAGCCCUCAUACCCGAGCGCAAGAACCGGAACAAGCUGUGCCUGCUCAUAUGACGAUUGACCUCGUCGACCCUCGAGAGCAUACCCGAAUGAACGGGAUAAGCUCUGGGAGAGGAUACGCGAUUUUUGCAAUGUCGUUGACGACGUUGUCGAUUAAGCAAUUGAAACCUCGUGUGCGGCGGAGCCCGCGGGUACGAUACCCUUCCGCGAGAUUAAUCGGGCCCGCAGAGGGUCGCGAGGGCAAAGAGUCAAUCAAAAUUGUAUUAUAGAGAAAGCGAGAGAUUAGGGCUGCGUGUACAGAUCAGGGGCUUGUGUCGACGGUCAAUUUUCUCUCGAUUCCGGUGUACAUAAUAUUCACGCGAUGAUACGACACUUUUACGCGGACGAUGUGUCUCGUAUAAUAUUUUCACUCUGUGUGAUAGUUAUGGGAUUGCAGCUGCGCGCGAAGGACGGAUACACACACACACACACAGACACACAGGACAUGUAUCAGAAACUCCACAAUACAGAAUUUUUACGGAGAUUUUUAUAGCAUUAUUUGCCUUAUCACCAGCGCAACCGUUUAUUGCCGAUUUCAAUUGUUCGUUUCGAGACGUAUGUGUUGUCAUGCGAAAACAGUAUAUAGAGGGAGAUUACGUGCGAAUAUAAAUAUAUUUUUAAAUGCUUUAUCUCAUCGAGUGACGUGAAACGUCGCGGUUCUAUAUAUUGACGCAGAUGAUAUGGAUUAUUAUAUUCUCUUUUGAGUGAUAUGUAUAUAUUAUAUAUGAAAAAAAAGAUAUGGAAGAAGAAACGAUGAAUCAAAAAAAGCGUUAUAAAUGUUAGAUCCCUUGUGUAAAGUUUAUUUUUCAACUUGAUUUACCUAUGAACACACUCGAAAUAUAUGAUAUAAUGUCGCCGAUUCGUGACCUGUCACGUACUUCUGCGGAUUAUUCAUCGGAGAACGCGUUUAAUCUGUGUAAUUAUACGUGUAUUAAAAUCGAUAUGACGUAUGUACAGAAACAUAUAUAGAGAGAGAGAGAGAGAGUUUUGCGAGAGAAGACGCGGGCGAUUUAAAAUUGUUCUUUUCGUAACACCUUUUCUUCUUUAAAAAAAAGAAGAGUAAAUUAUUCCAUACAUUUUCAAGCCCGAAUCUCGUUAGUUUUUCGCGCGCGACACGGAGAAGCUCUCGUUUUUCCUUGCUCCACAUAAUCCCGACGUCAUUACUCGGUAAUUAAAGCUCUUUUACGCAGCGCGCGCGAUGUUCCUCUCGUUAAUAAAGCCGAACAAUUGCACUCAAUGGGAAAAACGAGCAUUUGAGGUGCAAGGAGGUAUUAACCGCGUUUCACCCGAAAUCACUUCAAAAGGGCCUCGACGAGUUGUGUGUAUAAACAGGCGGUGAAAAAAGUUCAGUCUAAAACGCGUGUAUAAUCAAAAAAACUAUCUGUUUUCGAAAUUGAGAAUUUUAAGGGAAAUGUUAGAGCUGCUGAGUGAAGAAAUUAUAUAUCUAAAUUAACUGGACUGAACAUGUUGUUUAUAGGGUUUAGCGCUUAUAAUCGAGACUAAAAAUGAUGAUAACGAAUUACCUGCCGACGUCCGUUCCAGAGUUUAAGCCUAGAGGAGAGUCACAGUGCUAUAUAUACUAUAUAGAUCAAAAGCAUAAAUUGCGAGUGGAAUUCAACGAUCCACGCAUAGAUUUCGACGAAACGAGAAAUAUUAAUAUACCGAAGAGAACAAACAUAAAAAAUAAACGGAAACGCAUAAAAUGUAUAAGCAAAAGAUUAGCUUUACUGAGUGGUUUAGUGGCAGCUCGUUAAAAAGUACUUAAAUAAACUCUUUAAGGAAAACAGGACAUGUGUAGUGCGAGCAGUGAUUAAAUGUGAUCAUUUUUCGGAGAUAACGAACAAAUAAAAUCGAUCGACGAUGAAUCAAAAAGUAAGCAAAGAACAUAAUAAAUAAUAAACAAAAAAAAAAAAAAAGAAGAACUGUGUACGAGACAGCAAAAAAAGAUUUUUUCCAGAUAUCCUCUCGAGCGUGCGUGUGCGAGUUGUCGAUUCAGAAUUAUAGCAUAACUGAUAAUUGCGGUAAACAUAGUAAUAAAACGAUGCUAACGUAAUAGGAGGAGGAACACAAAAAAUGUGCAGGCUUAAGAUAACGAUAUCCCACUCGGUGUGUGUGCGUGUGCUAUGAUAAAGCAAAAAGUAUAUAAGAAAAAAUAAAACAAGUAUAAAAGGACGUAGGGUUUGAAUUUCGACAAUCUUUUUGUAUAAUCCGAAAUAAAUAUCGUAGAUCUAUAAAGGUGAACGACGAUGUAAAACGACUAGGCGAGUGAAGGAGGAAAGUCGUUGAAAUAAAAGGAGGGCGAAAAUGCUCGUUAGAUACGCCUGGGAGGAAAAACGAAGAGGCGGACACAAAGAGUCGAAGUAAGAAGAGGAGGAACGAGAAAACGGCGAUGUGUGUUCGCGCGAGAUAUAGGCCGUAUUUUCCCGUUCGACACAACUCAAAGGAAGAAUUAUAUUCUGCUUGGUCAAUUAAAAAAAAAAGCGCGAGAAACAAAGACAGGGGCGUUAUGCGUAUAACUUGCACACACGUAUACACAGACGCAUAUAAUAUAUACGUAUAUAGUCAGUCGAGUUAGCUCGAUCGAUUAAAUACUCGCGCGGUGCGCGUUGGUUACUUUUAGACGCGACCCGUGUGUGUGUGACAUCAAAAGUGAAGACGAUUCCGCACACAAACACACAAGUAUCCAUUACUAUACACACACUCACACAAACGCGCUACAUUUUUUUCUUCUUUAGGGCGCAGUGUCUGUCCGAUGUGUAACGCGGUGCGCCGGCGACGUUGUACCUAAUGCGAUAUUGUGCGGAAAGAACGAUGAGAGAGAAUUAGAGGAGAACUUUUGUGACGGGAAGACUCAAUAAAAUUUUGAUGUAACUGACACAACUAUCCUUGUCCCGUCGUCCCUUUUAUCCGAGAGAGAGAGAGAGAGAGAGAGAGAGAGAGAGAGAGAGAGAGAGAGAGAGAGAGAGAGAGAGAGAGAGAGAGAGAGAAAGAGUUAGAAGAGAUGGAGGAAAGGAACACUUCUCUUCCCCUUGCAAUAUAAGAUCCUUGUAUUUUCUAAUAAAAAACGAAUAAAGUGACGAAGCUCUCUGUGAGAAUA